AUGGAACACUUAGAGAAAGAACGCAAUGAAGAGAUGGCCAAGUUUGAGAAUGAACUAAAAGUGGGCAAGGUCAAAGUAAAGUUUGGAGACUUUGACGAGGUAAAUGCCAUGGUUGUUACACUCCCACUAUUUUUCGAAGCUCGGCCGAAUCAACCUAAUUUUAUGGACGGAGAUGUGUUCGAUGAGGUUGAGUCCAUGGUCCAAAUGGAAGGGGCCAAAGAAAUUGAGGUGGCUCAAGAAAUUCCAAAGGAAGGGAAUGCCCAACCUUGCAUCAUGGUGCCCAAGAAGGAGGAAAAAUUGCCCAAGAAGCCGGAAUGGAUGGCACUGGAAGGCCUGCGUGAUGAACCGUCAAAUGAGAAGUCAGAUGUUUACAGUUUUGGUGUAAUAUUGUGGGAACUAGCUACACUGCAUCAGCUGUGGGGUAAUUUAAAUCCAGCACAGGUUGUGGCAGCUGUUGGUUUUAAGAACAAAAGGCUUGAGAUUCCACGUGAUUUGAAUCCUCAAGUGGCUUCGAUCAUUGAGGCUUGCUGGGCCAAUGAGCCCUGGAAACGACCUUCAUUUGCUAGUAUCAUGGAAUCUUUGAUGCCGUUGAUUAAACCUCCGGCGACUCAACCUAGUCGUCCAGGCGUGCCAUUACUCAGCUGAAUGGGCGAAUGCUUAUUCAUGCACAUAAUACAGCAUUCUUUUGAGAAGUGAUGUCUGGCAGGCAUGCAUGCUGUUCAUAGUCUCGGAACCAUUGUACAGUUCUGUUCUAAUCUCCAAUUCAGUAUUCUUUAUCGCCAUCACUUCUUACACAUAGAAGUCCACCGAAAAACUGUCCUGUCACGCCAUCUUGGGAAAGUUGUAUCAUUUCUAUUCAUAAUUUUUGUAUGUAAAAGAGUGCGACUAGAAUCAGGUAGCAGCUUUCCCAUCAUGGUACACAACUUGACGUUGUCUUUCAACAUGUAAUGACUUUGUAUAAAUUGUGAAGGUUAGUCACUCAGUUUAGCAGGUUUCUAUUUUUGCUCCCCAAGUGCAAUGGAGAAAACAAAAGUAGAAAGCUAAUACAUACUCUUUUAGCAUCUCUACAACGGUCUGAUUGAUCAUGGACGCAUUGUCUUGUGAUCAUUUUUUUCAACUAGUUUGCAGCAUGUUGCAGAUUAUAAUAAGCAGAGAAAUUAUCUACUUAAAGUAGUUUGCAGCAAA